GUAUCUGGGGCAUUAAGCUCGUAGCUCAUUUCAAUGGGUACUACCCACCGUCCACACCAAGCGUUGUGUUACGUUGCGUCCCAACAAGCACUUGUUUUACAUCCUUAGCUAGACAUUGUGGAUCAUCAUACUUGCAAACAUGAGGCCACCAAGAGUGGAUCCGCCGCUAUCUCGGGGCAAGGCUCAUUACCUCUAAUCUACAACUCAAAAGGGUGGUCCUCUUGGCCAUUCACCUUUGCCUUGCCCUUCUCCUUCUUUUAGGGCAAAACAUGGUUCAUUUUCUCCCGCCAUUCUUUCCUUUGGUUCCUUGCGGGAUUAGUACUCGUCUUAGGUCCUUGCUUCACAUCAUCACAAGAAUAAGGAGCAAUAGUGGGGUUUUCCUUGAUAGGCUUUUGACUCGCUAAAACACAACACCAAACUAUGACCAAGUGUAAUCAUAGAAUGGAAAUGCAGAACAGUGGAUCAAUUUUACUUAUCAACCAGAGGCCUAGAUGUACUGCCUACUCUGUGAUUAUCUAUUAUCUAGCAGGAAAAGUUGAGUGAAGUGUUUAAAAUCAAAGUAAACAAAAAGCAGGAAGUGUUCUGGUUUUCAAGAAUGCUAAAGGUCAUCCAGAUAUGAGUCCCCCUAGUAUGCAGUUAGUUCAUAUUAUAUGUUCCCAAUUUGCUCUGAUUGAUAGAUACUCUGCGAAAAGUUCUUAACAAGUCUAGAAUCUUGACUAAAGUAAUUCAGACCCUCUCAGUUUAAAUACUCGGCGGGAGACUAACCUCCACCGGCAUAAACUAACCAAGGCAAUAACACACCAAACUUCCUCUACUGGCUUUAAUUCUAGUACAGCAGUGAAUCGAUGUAUCGACUAAAGCAAUCGAUUCACCACUUCCAAGGUUGCUCUAUUAACCUAUGUAGAGACUAUCGUUCUAGGUUAAAGCAAGAAUCACAAAAGUUGAAUCUAGACUCAUGCAAUUCUGAUUAAUGCCUCAAUUGAAUAUAUCGAAUCAAUCAUUUACAAACAGGGUUCAUACAACCAUUCCUAACAUACAAAACUAGGGUUAUUCCUACCCAGAUGAAAAGGGAGUUUACUCCAUGGAGAGAAGGGAAAACAACAAGCUUGGAAGAGAAAUCAUCAUGUGAGGAAUGAAAAUCUUCUCCAAGCUGGAAAUCGGCACUCCGAGGGUGAAAGAUCGAGCUCCAAUGUCCUUAGAUCACUCCAAUCUACUCCCAUGGUUGUUCUUCGUCACUUUCUCUCUUUAUGGUUCUGCUCUUUAGAACUCAAGAAUCCGGGUCCUUUGCAAUCUGCCCGAGUUGGGCUUUUAAAGGAUGGAGAUUCGCGAGUUACGGUCGUAACUCUCUUGCCCAGCCCGUAACUUCCCGUAAAACGACACUUCGAGCACUCUGUAAACCAAGAGUUACGGCUCCAAAGAGAAAGUUACGGUUGAGACUGUAACUUUGAUGAGGAGGUCGUAACUUUAAAAACGCUCCCAGAACCUUUUGCAUCGCUUCCUCAGAGUUACGAGGGCUAAGGAGAAGUUACGUUCUAGACCGUAACUCCAAGGUCUGGUCGUAACUUUAAAAGUUAUUUUGGAUUCCUUGCCUUUGCUCCUCCAAAGUUACGGUUUGCAUGGGGAAGUUACGGUCCAGACCGUAACUUUCCCCUGCUCUCUGCUUGUUCGCUCCAAAACGUCCCAAAACUCGCUCCUUCGCACCUAUUCACGUACUAGGACCUGAAACAUCAUAAACCAACACAACCUAGCAUAAAAUAGGUAACGAGAGCAAGAAAGAGAGCUCAAACGAUCAAGAAAUGGUGGGAAAAACAUGUUCUAACACAGUGUUAUCAGUUCUCGUCUACUCACAACGAUCAAGAAAUGAUGUCCCUUAUGGCUUCCAAUUGUGGUCCACUAGUCUGCUUUCUCCGAUACAUGCACAAAAUGCUACAAAAAGCGUAUCAAUCGUACAAAAACAAUCCUAGACUUGCUAUAACACACUUGAAGCAAUCAUGGCAUAAAUUCAAGGUAUUAGGAUGCUAAUAAUGUGAAAUGUAUGAACUUUGGGUCAAAAUACAGGGGUCUAGAAUAUAUAUACUUUUAUGUGUCAUCAAGCAUAUGUUUUGGACACCAUGUGCAGCACAUUACAUGAACUUGAUGUUGAAGGAUUUUGUCAACAAAGCUGGCAAUGUUGUGGCAUGAGAGUUUCUUUCAUCGGCAGUCUGAUUGUGUACGUGCUAUCAAGUUUAGUUGCAUAGGUUUUACAAUUGUGUUUCUUUACUACGCCCUCUGUUCUAGUAUGGGGAAAAAAGAAAUGGCAUGAUUAGAAAUUCUAUUAGGAUUUCCAAAAUUUUAUUUAGGCGCUAUUAUAAUAUAUCCAUUUAGCUUAUUUUACCUAUUAGUAAGUUUCAUUAUUAUUUAGAAACACUUUCCUUCUUGAUACUAAUUGAAAUCUGAAAAUGAAAAGAUACAAUCUCACCAACCAUUUUCAAUAACUGUAUAAAUAACAAAGCAAAGCACAAUAUCCAUCCAAAGAAAAACUAACAUUAAAAAAACUCUUAGAAGGAAAAGUUUAAAGAUAUGAGGAUGCAAAUUUUAGUGAAGCUACUUGCCUUCUUCUUCAUGACUCUUCUGGCCAUUUCUUUGUGUACAAUGGUGGAGUCGGGGAAAGAAGAGAUGAAGAAAAGCAACAUGAUGGUUCCAAAUUUUGAUGAGGCAUACUGCAGAGAUGUGGAAUGCAAAGGAAUGAAGUGUAAGAGAGUCUAUAGUGCGGAGGAAAGGUGCUACUGUGUUAUCGGCCUUAGAGGGCCAAACCCACAAGUAGCAAUACCUUGUAUUGGUGAACUGUAAUAUGAUCUCUCCUCUUUCAUGUUAAGUGUGACAACAUAUAGGUAUAAUAUGAGAAAUAAUAAUUAAAAUUACGUCGAUUGGAUAACCAAGUUCAAAAUUAAAAUCGUUCCAAGUUUGAGCGUAUGUAAGAUGCAAACACUGGAGUUGGUAGCGAUUUUGCAGCUAAAUUGCAUUUGUUGCCCGCGAUUUAUGUUAUUGGUUUAGUUGAAUGCAAUAUAGGUAAACUCUCUUCGGUCUCUAGCGAAUGGAUACUGAAGUGAACCAUCCCAAACUUGUGCAUUUUGAAAAAAUUUAGUGUACGUGUGAUAUUCUGAAUGCUUUUUAGAAGUUUGGUAAAAUGGAAACAAAUCCUCAAAACAACAACCAACAACAUCCAUAUUGCAUCUUCAUAAUUCUUUAAUAUAAAUUUUUUUUACUAAUUUCAAAACUUUCAUAUCCAAACAACAAUCAAAUCUAUAUUGGACUAGUUUGACCAUGUUGUAGUUUUUGCAUAAACAGCUUCUGACUGUAAUUUUAAGAAAAGUAUUUUUCAAAAAAAUCAAUUGAGUGUUUGACUGAAAAAAUAUUAUAAGUGAUUUUUAAUAUAAGAGGUUAUGUAAAAUGAAUAAAAAAUAUUUAUAAUAAAAAUAUGAAUAAAAAUUCUAAACAAUAAAAAGUAGUCAAAUUAGAUAUUAUUAUUUCUUUUAUAUUAAAUAAAAUGAUUUUACAAUUUACUUUAAAAUUAUAUAAAUGAAAUAAAAUUAUAUUUUAAGAAAUAAAAUUAAAAUAUGGUAAGGAUAAUCUUGUAUUUUCAAAAUAGCUUUUCGCAAAAGCUUCAAAAUGGAGCUUCUGCUUUUAUGUUAUACAAAAGCACUUUUCAGCAUUUUAAAAGUUGAGCUUUUAGAAGUGAUUGACCAUUCUUCAGCUUUUGAGACCGAAAAUUACUUCUAAAAGUCAUACCAAACAUAGGCAUUGUUCUCAUAUCCCUAACUAUUAAUAGGGCAUGAUUGUAAUCCGUUAUGAUAAUUUGAUACAUCUCACUAGCAUAAAGGGCAGAUAUGAUUGUACAAAAUUGGAAUAUUGUAGUAUAUUUUUCUUCUUUUUAAGUGAAAGCCAAAUUUUUUGGUAUAUCCCUAACACAAAAGGAUAGAUAUUAUUUUUAGCUAAUGUUAUGACAAUUUGAUAUACCACUACAAGGAAACUUAUAUAAAAUGGGAAUUUAAAUCACAUUCCCACAUAGUGAAUUACCAAGAAGGUAAAUGAACAAUAUAUAUCAUGAUGGACUGGUGGUAGCUGUAGAAUACGAAACUACCUUGAAAUCCAUAUCCAUAUCCAAAAUGUAUAUCAAACCAAUAACCAUUUGAGUCAUAAUAUAGUUGUUGGGCAAAAUAUGUACUACAUAUAUAAUCUCAAAAGUCAAAACAUCCCAUAUAAUUUCUCAGCCCCAUAAAGAAAACCAUCAAUACUCAUUUCGAUUUCAUCCACUGAUCAUCUUUUACUGCAUGCGUGAAUCAUCACUCCAGAAUAAUGUUGCUGCAAGUUUUGUUCCUAUAACUACUCUUAAAUGGUGGUCCAGUAAUAGUAAGCCAAAAGAGCAGUUUUGAGGACUCGAGACCACCAAACCACUUUACUAACGCAUUCCUCCAAAUACUCCACAUCCAAUCAUUUAUCAUACAUUCCUUCAGUGACAUCCCAAGUCCUUACAUCAAACAAAUUUUUCUUUGCCACCCGUUGUAGUAAGAGGUGUCAAAACAGGACCCGACUCGAGUAAUCUGUCUGAUCCCAAUUCGAAUUGACUAAAAGUCAAUGACCUGCAACCCGCCCGACCCGUAAUUCAAUUGACCCGCAACUCGAUUAAUCGGUAACCUUAUUGGCUCGCAACCUGAUUAACACAGACUUAAUUGAUCGGCAACUCGAUUAAACAUGUAACUUUAUUGACCCGAGCCAAAUUUAUCCGAAUAACCCGUGACCCACCCCAUUGACCUGAAUAAUUAUUGUAUUAAAUA